CUUUUAGGUCAUAGUUUAAUCAGUUUUAGUGAAUAAAACUCAUUAAUUAAUAAUUUUAUUUAAUGCAACUCAAAGUGUUCCUGUUCCGAUUGGAGAUUCUGUUACCAAAAAAGAUACUACAAGGCAAAAUCUCCUAAAUUUGGCAGCCAUUUAAUGAAAAAUCUUGAUCGAAAUUAAAGAAAAUCGGCCCAUUGACUAUAUAUACGAAACAUGAUAACAUAUAAAAACUGACGCUGUUUCUGUUUGUUUUAAUUUGCAGGCUCUCUCUGAAAAAAAAUAAAAAAACUGGGGUGAUGGGAAGGGCGAAGCUGAAGAUGGAACUAAUUGAGAAGGAGAAAUCAAGAAACACAACCUUCAAAAAGAGAAAAGAAGGCCUAAUCCGCAAAGUCCACGAAUUCACCACUCUCUGCGACGUCAGCGCCUGCAUGAUCAUCUACGGCCCCGGCCCCCUCCAGCCCGAGAUCUGGCCCCCCCAAAGCCCCGACCAAGUCCGCCGCAUCAUCGACCUCUACAAGUCCAAAAACUCCGCCGGCGUCAAGAGCUUCGGCGUCGCCGACUUCUUCCACGAACGGAAGAAGCAGAUCGAGGACGAGGUCGCCAAACUGCGCCGCAAAAAUCUCGAAGCUAAAUACCCCACGCGGCCGGAAUUGCUCAAUUUGAUGAACGAAUCCCAACUCCGGCAGUUCCACGCACUACUGAGCGAUAAGGCCGAUGGCGUCAGAUCUCGAAUUGAAUCGCUGCGGAGGAAGCUGCACCAAUCGUCGUCGACGUCGGCUGAGAAUCGCUGCGGCCGCGUGGACUUUGAAAUGGCGGUGAUGAAUCAGAAUCAAAAUCCGCAGCAGCAGGCGGUGGAAAUGCUCCUCGAUCAUCACCGGUUGCAGCAGAUGCACGCUUUGAAUCAUCACAACUCGAUGAUGAUGCAUUUUGAGGGCGGCAACUUCCAACUCAAGCGCCAGUUUUUCUUCGAGUCGGCCAGCGGAUAUUACGCCCCCCCGCCGCCGCCGCUUCUUCCGCAGCCGCGGCCCUACCUGCUGCAGGCGGUGAUGCCACCGCAGCUGCAGUAUUUGCCCAAUCAAGACGACUUGAUUCAGUAUCAGAUGAGAAAUCAGAAUAAAGACGGCGGACAAGAUGAAGAUUUGAUGAUCGACAGGUCUUUUCCCUAUUAGGGCUUAUUUAGGGUUCAAGAAAAACUUGCAUCAGACCAUCUUGUCUGUAUCUUAUUGCUUAAAAUUUAUCCAAAAUAUCCCAAAUGCGGAUCGGGAUUGAGUCCAUUUAACAUGAGUUCGAGUCAAGUAUCUUAAAAACUUCUAAUUAAUUUUCUCUUUAUAAUGA